CGGACCGCAAACAAGAUGAAGACCGAAGAUGGUAUAAAAGAUCCAAAAUUCGAUACAAUCAACAACCGCUUCGGUAGAUACGAUCUUUUCGGCGGAAAGUACGAUGGGGGGGAGACGCCGUCGCUCUUCCGAAGUAGAUACAACAGUAUCGAGGAGGAACUCGCCAACACGCCGUACGCGUUCUCAGACCGUUCACUGCGUCUCGCCGACUUAGACAUAACUAUUAAAUCAUCGCCAUCAAAAGAUAUAGAGGACGAUCGAUAUUUCAAUCGAGAUAUUACACUCGAUUACAGUCUGUUCGGACCGCAGAUCGAUUUGAAAACAUCGAUUAAAACUUCCGACGAAGAUGAUCCUCCCGCGUUCACUGUUACUCAGUUGAUCCAUGCACAGGAUCGAUAUUUCGAUCUAUCAUCGAGACAAAGUGUCGAAAGUCCGAGUAAGAAUCGAGUAAGGACUAUCGCGGACAGUUUUGAAGUGCGCAGUGCUCCGGGGUCUGGGAAGAGGGUGGACAGGGGGACGAAAAGUGAUAAAGUUAACAAUGCGUUUAAAGUGUUGUCUACGGAUCCUGUGACGUCACAGUCUCCAGCCAGUCUGCCAGCUGUGCCAACAAGUAAAAGAAAAAAGGAAAAAUCCUUCGCAAUUCUAACUGAACCUCCAGACCCUUCGCGACCAACGAGUCCGAGGUCAUUGCCCUUGGACAUCCGCCACGGUACCGGCAGAGUAUCGCCCUUUAAAGGGCGAGGCUUCCGGGAAGAAACAUCCCGACAUACAACUCCUAAAACUUCAGCGGCCAACUCCAGAUCCUGCUCACCAACAAAAAAACGAACCACCACACAAUCAAACACCAAAAUGGCCCAAGUGGCCACAAUCCCUCCACCGACGAUACUAAGUCGACCGCGCUCCCCUCGGAACUUUCUGAAAGCAAACAUAGAGGAAGUAAAAGAAUUAAGCGAAUUAAAUAGAGAAAAGCACGAAGCAGAAGCUGAAAUUAAGAGGCAACAAGAAGAGGAAGCUUUACUAAAAGAAAUGGGUUUAUUAGAUAAACCUACAAGUAGAAGUAGAGUAGGCUCCCGUGCAAAUUCCAGAAGCACUUCUCCUAACAAAAUAAAUCUCAAGUCAAGAUCGAACUCACCGUUGGCAGUGAAGUUUGAUAACUUACCUACAAGUAAAAAGGAACCUGCUAAAACUAUAGGGAACAAACCAAAACCUACAACGCACAGGUCUAGACUUACCUCGCUUUCUAAAACGCAAACUCAAUCAAACGAUACCUCGCCUAAGAAUUCCAAAAUUCCCAAAAGACAGAAUUCAGUAUCGCCAACGAGAAAUUCACGAAAUUUUAUUAAUUAUAGACGACCCUUUGACAAUAAUUUAAAUAAAAAUCAACGUUUUAUAUCUAACAGUACCAGUAGUAUUCACGAAACCAUCAAAAUUGGGAGUCAGGUUCACGAUAAGCGUGCUAUAAGUCAAAGCGCUGAGUUUCUAGAUGUUUCUCCAGGUGUUGUCCACAGCAAACCUCCUAUAUCUCCUGGUAAAGUAGGCCCUCCACCUACAAAUAGAGCGAUUAGCACCAAACGACUUUCGCCAAUAGUUGGCACUCCUAAUAAAAGUCCAAAUGAUGAUCCUAAAUCGGGUUCAGCUAAAAAUACACCAAAACCUACUCCAACAGCGCGGAAAUCAGUAAAAACUGCCGGCACCCCACCUGCUGCAUCUAGAAUAACUUCUAGACAAACUAGUAGAACUGCUAGCAGAGAUCCAAGUCCCGAGAAGAAGGUCAAUGGUAAAGUUACAACUGGCUCUAAAUUAGCAGCAAGAGCACCGAGUACGAAAGCUAACGUCACCAACAAAACCGACGUCAAAAAACCGAUGAGCAGAACUAGCAGUAUGAAAAGCCUGACACGAACAUCCAGUACUAAAAACAUCAAUGAAAAACCACCAUUAGUUAAAAAUAAAGACAAAAAGAAUGACCUAAACGAGAAAGCUAAAUCAACAAGCAAAAUAAAUGAAAUAGGAACGAAAAAAGCCACUACAGAACAAUCUUCAGAAACCACAACAAAGGCCAAACAAGACAACGUUGCAAAUGAGGAAAUAAGUUUAAUAAAAGACGUUGCAAAGGAUGAUGAAGAAACGACUAAACAAGAUAACGAAACUCAGUACGAUAAAAUUACAAACGAGAAAGGCGACUUGGUUAUAUUAACUAAGAAAAAUGUGGUUUCUAUGACAACUGCAGCCAUUACUGCCCAACCAUUGGAAGUCGUAACUACCGUCACUAACCAACUACCAGUCGCGUUAGAAAAGGCUCGGGAAAAAGGUAUUUUCGAAAGAUUAGGAUCGAAGGACUCUCUUCUUCCUAAGGAAGGAGAUAAAGAUGAAACUGAAGUAAAGGAUAAUUCAACAAAACAUAAUAUUACACUAAAAGACGUAACCGGAACUAAAGAGCCUGCAGCACCCAAAGAAGAGAAAAACGGAAAACAUGACGACAAAAAACCACCGAAACCUACAAAAGUUUUAUACGGAGAUGAUAAUAUUAAACUCAAAUUAUUACAACCACCUUACAACAAUCCUCAAGUGGAACGCGUUAAAGAAAAAAUUGAUUCAAUAUUAAAAGAACCGGAAAUAUCCACAGAAAACAUUCUAGCUCCUGCUAAAAAACUUGAAGAGAAGGUCGCAGAGACAAAGCAAACGUUUAAAAAUGUCGCCGACAAAACGAAAUCUGACAUCCAUGAUGCUAAAGUAGAAGCUGAGGACAAUUUAAACAAAAUGAAAGAUCAUAUUGAAAAAACGAGCGACACAAUAACUGCAGAAAUGCGUUCAGAAGCUACAAAAAUUGUCGACAGCAUAAUAACACCGAUCGAAGAACCAAAACAUGAUGAAAACCUGAAAGAAACUAUCAAAGAAAACAUUGAACCAAUAGUAACAGUAGUUAACGAAAAGAACAAGAAUGACAUUAAAAAGACAGAUGUAGUAAAAAUGACGGAAACUUUAGUGAAAGGAGACGCAGAAGUGGAAGUGCAGAGUUCAAAUGACUCAACACCAGGAGUAGAGAAGAUCAAAAUAGAGAAAAAAGCAGCCGAUGGCAGCGUGUCUGAUAAAUCUGCAACAAGCAAUGGCGGUUUCCCCCAAAGCACAAGUACGACACCUAAACCUCCCCCUAGAUCGCGUCAAACCAAACAAGAAAUGCAGUCCCCAGAUAACAGCAAGGAAAGUACCCCAGUUGAGAAAAAACCAAACAUCUGCUCCAGAUUGAUGGGAAAAUGUAAAACAAAAUGUUGCUCUUGUUGUACAAAGCCGAAAGACGACGACAGAGAAACGCCAGAACCGAAAGAAACAAGCGAUGAAAGGAAAGAAUUAAAAGAAGCAAAAGAUGGAGAGGAAACGAAAGAAAAGAAAGGAGUGUUGAGUAAAUUGAAUUGUUUUAAAAAGAAAGAUGCGGAAAAAGAAAAGGUUUUAGCAGAAGUUGGUGCUGGUAAAGCGGCAACUAUAGAAUUUGAGAGUGAAACGAAACGCAAGCGAAAACUUCGCGACAUCCUGUGCGGGUGCUGCCGGCGGCGCGUCGGCGACUCGUCGGCGCCUCGCCGCGUCCUCGCCGCGGACACCACGCCGCCCCUCGUCAAAGAGGCCGGCUGCUGCGGCCGGAGGAGGAAAGACGUCGAGAGAAGGGACAGCAUACUCAGCGAUAGCACGCCUAAUACUUGCUGUAACUUCGCCCUGUGUCGGUGGAUGCGGGGCGCGUGCCGCCGCAAGUCGGAGCCCGCCUCCAGUCCUCGGGCGAGCGUCUUCUCCAAGAACAAGAGCCUCUCUCCCACACUGCCGCCAGAAGACACUCGUACAAAGCUGGACGCGAGCCUGGUGGAGCACACCAGCGUGAUGCGCGGCGCCAUCCCCGUGCUGCCCGCGCCCCUCGCCUACUUCUGUCUGCUCUGCAACAUCCUGGUGCCGGGACUCGGUACAAUAUUGAGCGGGCUGUUCUGUCUGUGUUUCGGUAUCCCGAGGUUUGGGAUACACGACACUCCGAGACACAGGAUUGGUUCGUUGUUGAUCAACGUGUUGGUGGGCUGCGGGCAGCUGUUCACGGUGCUGUUCUGUCUGGUGGGCUGGGGCUGGUCCGUGUGGUGGGGCACCAUCAUGGUGCGGAUAUCGCGUAAAUAUCGUAAGUUGAAAGCGGAAGCCGCGCUGGAGGAGGCGGAGGCGCCGCCAGUCACCGCCAACAACCACACGCGCGCAUAGUCACUGACAGCCGAUAGCUGACAGCUGACAGAUGACAGAUGACAGGUGACAGGUGACAGCGCCAACACCACACGUCACUACAGGCAUGGGUAACUCAUCUUUUGAACUGCAGAUCAGCUCACGAUUUACACCAGAUCAGUAAAACUACUCUCAAAUCGACUAAAUUUGUACUUUUAAUAGUUAUUGAGUUGUCAGAGUUGUGUCAGCUCAUGUGAUUGACAUUUUAUUGUUAUCUCUAUCUUCACAAAGGGGAAGAAAGGAAUGGAAAUUGGAGAUCGUUGUGACGUAAAAUUGCAAUAUUGUAAGAAUUCACGAAUCUCAAACUAAAAUGUAUGUAGAAUUUAACUCUAUUAAUUAAAUAUGAGCUUAAAGCUUAUUAUUAAAAUGUAUUGUAAAUAAUAAAUAGAUACCUUGAAAUACGUAAUAAAAACGCAACAAGUAUCGAUUUGUCGAAAUAAAAUGUUUAACGAAUUACUUAUAAUAUUAAUGCGUUUUGAAUAGAAUGUGGUUAAAAUGAAAACGUAAUAAAUAUAAUUGAAAAUGUAUAGUAUCUGUGGUCAUUGUUAAAAUUGGA